AUGCAUAUCACUGUGCCGGUGGCGGCUUCGCUUUUCCUUGCGACCCUAACGGCGGCAGGCCCGAUCCAGCUAUCGAACGUGAAGAAACCAGUUACUGUUGCCCAACGAUUCGCAAGCCCUCAGCCGGUUCCUUCGAUCAUUCUGCCGCGGCAGCAAAGCGAUGGAAGUGGCAACGUUCCUUUCGACAACAAUCGUGGUGGCGAAGGAGACCGAGAUCGGGACCGUGACGGGAAUGAUGGAGGUAACGGAGCUCGGAACCGCCCCAACGAGCUCAACGGGGACGACACAAAUGGUGGUCUGGGCACGAACACCAUCUUCACAGCGGCGCUGCCAUCGCAAGCCGGUAGUCAGGAUGGCGCGGUUCCAGCGGUCGGAGUAGGGGGUGGCGGGAACACUGGGCUGGUUUCCAUCCUGACACAGACGACGCUACAGGUGGGCGACCAACGAGGCCAACCAACAGCUGCCGCGCAGGUUCAGCCUCAAGCGCAAGGACAGCAGCAAGGUGAUGGCGAUGGCCAGGGUGGUCGUCGGGGACAGGAUAGGGGUGGCCAAGACGGCGGACAGGCGCGAGGAAGCCGACAGGGUCAAGGACAGCAAGCUCAGGACGCAGGCGCGGGCGCUAUUGCUGACAAUCCGAAUCCCGAUCCAAAUCUUCCGACGGUAACUCAAGAUGCUGGCGGGAACAUCAUUGUCAUUGAUGGUGGAUCCACUCGCACGAUUGCAGGCUUUGAAGGGGAGAAGACAGCAACUCGACCAGACGCCACAGAGCAAGUUGCUCAGCCAACUGCUGCUCCCACACAGGCUCCAGAGGCUCAAUCUCCCGCAGCGCCUGCUGCUGGUCAAGCACAGGGCGGUCAGGGUCAGGGUCAAGGUCAAGGUCAAGAUCAAGGACAGGGCGCUGGACAGCAAGAGCCAGCGUCGGCCCCCGUCCAGCCUGAACCGCAGCCGCAGCCGCAGCCAGAAGCGCCUCCUCAACAACCUCAACCGCAGCCACAGCCAGAAGCUCCUCAACAACCGGAAGCGCAGCCUCAGCCUGCACCACAGCCUGCACCCCAACCAGAGCCCGUGGCUCAGCCAGUGCCUACCACAGAAGCCGUCACGCAACCCCUCCCACCAGCAACUCAGCCCCCAGCUCCACCUGCACCUGACACAUCCAUCGUGUCCCCUUCCGCGAAUGGCGUUCCUACAGCCUUCGUCGGAUCCAUCCCGCCAGAGAUCUCCGCAGCGGCGGAAAGCAUCAAGGCAACUGCCAAUCAAGCAGCACCAGCGUCUACCAGUGCCGAUGUUGCGGCCGAAGCCACAGCGCAAGUCACGACGCAAGCGGAAGUCACAAACGUCGUUCCCGCCUCAGGCGCGCCAGCAGGCGUUGGUGUGACGGUCGUGCCGAUCCCACCCGAGCUGGCUUCCCAAGCGGGCCAAGUAGCUUCUUCCGUCGCCGCUGCGUCCGGUGAUAGCGGUGCUGCAGCAGCAGCAGCGACAGCCACUGCCACCGCAGCAGCCGAAGCGGGAGCUGGAAGCGAAGGCCAAGGUCAGGGGCAAGCGACAGUCACAGUAACCGUCGCAGCCGUGACGGUCACAGAGUCCGGCGGUGCGGCUGCCGCCACGGACACGACUGGCGUGGCAGCGGAGAGCGCUGCAGCGGCGGCUAGUACCACGGCAUCAGAAGAUGCCUCAGCUGCAGAUGUCAGCGCCAUUCCUGCCGUUGCGGGCGUGCCAGGCGAGGUGACGACCAUUGACAUCGCAACGCUCUCGAGCGCCGUUGCGGCGGAGUCAAGCGCGGCCUCGACGGCGACAGCAGCUGCAGAAGUAACAGAUGCAGCACAGCCCUCCACGCCCGUUACUGCCGCCGCGGCCGCCGCCGCAGCCCCAGCUUCUUCCUCAAGUAGUACCACAUCUGACACCUCUUCAACAACAACAAGCACAGCAGCGGCAGAAGCCGCCUCCCCUCCUCCACCUCCGGCGGCGGCAGCAGCGCCGGCCGCAGCUCAGCCUGUAGCGGCCGCGCCACCCGUGCCGGAGAAGCAGAGCGAGAAAGAGGGCGGGCCGCCGCCGGGGAAUGCGCUGACGCUGGGAGUUACGGGGGCGCUGCCGACGGCGACGGCGGAGGCGCCUGCGGGCGUGCAGAGUGGAGGAUCUGAGAAGAGGGCUGGCGAGGCAGAGGAGGUGGAGGGGGGUGAUGGUGGGGUGCAGGUCACGCCUUUGGGGAGGAGGGGGCGGUAA